AUGGAGACACCUGUUACUGUUUUGCUCGAUACUGGUGCUAGUACAUCUUUUACAUUUCACCUACGUAUUUUACAGCACAUGACGCAUCACUUGGUCAGGGACGAAGAGGUUGAAACAGCUGGUGGACAUACUAUGGCGAUCAAGUGUCCUCUGUAUCUUUUGAUCUUUCAAUGGCUGACGGCCUACCCCAUCCAUGGAAGGCGUAUGUGUUUGAUACCAAAUUUGACAUCAUCCUUGGCAGAGAUUGGUUCAAGCAUGUACAACCGAUACCAGAUUGGCGACACGACACCUGGCAGAUCAAACAAGGCAACCACACCCAUAUCUUGA